ACCGACCCCGCGUUCACGGACGGUGUCCUCUGGCAGGCGGCCGGAGAACGGACACGCGACACCGACAGCGUUGCGGCAGUGUUCGUGGCAGUGUACGGUCACACGCAGCCAUGCAGGCACAUGAACGGUCGCCGUACCUGGACUGUGCCCAGGUCCACCACGAGUCCGACUUCAAAUACGAGAGAUACUGUACGCUCGUGGGUAACGUCACACCAGCCGCUGCCGAUGAUAUCAGCAGCGAUGACGCCAUCAAAGUCGCCCACAAGAAUCAAAUCGGAAUGGUCCUGUUUGGACUGGGGCGUGCAGGCAUGAUUCAUCUGAGCAAUCUGCUGGCAAACCCACGCGUAUCGCUCCUUUACGUGGUGGAGAUGGAGAGGGCGCGCUACGACUCGGUGCGCGCACGCUGGGGCGACCGCACGCCGGCGCUCGUGCUCCCUCAGGACAGCGCCACCGCCCUGGCCGACCCCAGGGUGGACGCGGUAGUGGUGGCCACGCCCACGUUCACCCACUUCGAGGUCAUCCAGCAGGCGCUCGACGCCGGCAAGAUGGUGUUCUCCGAGAAGCCGAUCGCUGAGAACGCCGAGCAGUCGCGACUGUGCUACGAGACGGCUGCCAAGCUAGGCCUGACCGUCUUCUGCGCGUUCAACAGGCGGUUUGACCCGGCGUUCCAGGCGAUCCAGCAGGCGGCGCGCCGCGGGGACGUCGGCAAGGUGCACACGAUCAAAACGGUGGCCCGCGACUCGCCUCUGCCCCCCAUCGCGUAUCUCAAGAUCUCAGGUGGUAUCUUCCACGACUGCGCGGUGCAUGACAUCGACCUGAUCUGCUGGGUGCUGGGUGAGUUCCCGCGGCGCGCGCUCGCCUCCGCCUCGGCCCACAUCGCUGAGAUCGCUGCCAUCGGCGACCACGACACGGUGGCCAUCGUGCUGGAGUUCGACAGCGGCACUAUCGGCACCAUCGACAUCAGCAGGAACGCGGUGUACGGCUACGACCAGCGACUUGAGGUGUUUGGGCCCAAGGGCCUGCUGACGGCAGAGAACGAGCGGCCAGUGAAUGUGCGUCACCAGACGUCCAGCGGCGACACAGCCGUACCCUUCUACUUCUCCUUCCCCUCCCGCUACUCCGAGGGAUACGUCCUCGAGCUGGAGGCCUUCCUGGAUCACGUACAGGGUAAAAUUCCGCUGCCCAUCCUGCCCGAGGACAGCUUGAGAGUGAGCAAGAUUGCCUCGGCCUGCGAGGAGUCGCUGCGCACGGGGGCGUUUGUCACCAUCGACUACGCCCAGUGAGCGGCAGUGGCGGGCCGGAGCCCAGCUGGCCUCCAUCAGGGCGGUGAACCUCUCCGCCAGACAUCGCGAGGACGCGCCGGCCUCCGAGGUCGCCACACGCCCCAGCGCUAGGCACGCCGCCGGACGUCGGCUGCUGCGUCCUGUAAACAUUGGCUCCGGUUCAGCCGCCGCGUGUCAUCUGUGCAUGUCUGGCUAGUGGUGCGUUGUUUAUGUUACGGGUAGUAAGCCGGGAUAAUGUCACCCAUUUUUGUGGCGGGGGAGGGACGGGGUCGUAAAACCGUCACUACACUUG